AUGCUAGGAAAUAACAAACCGUUUUCCAUCGAAUAUUUGAUAGCAAGAAAAUCGACACCUUCACCCCGGCCACCAUCGACACCAAUAAUUUCACCAACACCUUCCUCACAUUUACUUUUUCUUCAUUCACAAUUGUUUAAAACAAACAAUGAUGAAUGUAAUGAAAUAAAAACAAGAAUUAUUUCAUCGCCAUCUCAAACAUUCUCAUCAAGUGCAUUUCAACAAUUACCGUUCGAAUUAAAACGUAUGCGUACAGCUUUUACUAGUAUGCAAUUACUUGAGUUGGAAAGGGAAUUUGCUACGAGUAUGUAUCUGUCACGAUUACGACGAAUUGAAAUAGCUGCAUGUCUUGGUUUAACAGAGAAACAAGUCAAAAUUUGGUUUCAAAAUCGUCGUGUAAAAUUUAAGAAAGAAGGAAUAUUAUCAUCCUAUGAAAAAAAAAGUUCAGUAAAACUACUACGAACAUGCCAUAGUAAUCAACAUAAACGAUCCAUUGAUCCUUAUGAAGAUGAUCAAGACUAA